AAACUCGUUUUUUAAUAUUAUCUGGAUAACGUAAGUUUAUAUUGGUAUACUAAGUACAACAUUACAUACUUAUAGGGAUCAUGGGAUUAUUACACUGUGUACCAUUAUUUAUCGUCACACCAUUUUACAUGGUCACAGCAGUAGCAUAUAAUUACAGCAUUAAAUUAGCAUUCCCUGAAGAUGUCUACAAUGAUUAUAUUCAAAAACAAAAUGAUGCGUUUAAUGGAAUCUUUGGAUUAUGUGGUGGGGAUAAUAAUGGUUCCGACGAAGACUAAUGGAAUCAGAAUUUGGAGAAGUAGUUGUACUGAAUAGUAAAUUAUAAGAUUAUCCAAGAAUUCCUAAACUAGUAUGAUGAUCGUAAGAUCAUGAGUACAGAAUUACCCUGAAUCAUCAUAAUUUUUAUUGAUAUAUCGGCUCUCCAAGAUUAUAAAAUGGAUAACUCAGCUGCUCUAUGGACUUCUUAUAUGCAUUAUCUGAAGGUUUGCAAGGUUAUGAUAAACUAAAUGGUGUGUCUUUAGGAAAAUUUUUAUACGCUGGUAGUAGUAAAUGAGUGAAUAAGCUAAAACUAAUACAAAUAAUAAAAAAAUUUAGUUUC